UAUAUUAAAUUUAAUGGAAGGAUUUUAUAAUGGGAAAAUUAUAGUAAUAUAUGCGCGAAUGACAUUUUGAUUUCAGAGGCUUUUCGCUAAAUGAGGCUCUACGUAUGUUAGAAGAUGACGACGAAAUUUUAGAAAAUGCUACUGGGAUAACAAUAUUUCCCCCUGAGAACGAAGAAGUAACCGAUGAAGAUUCUGGUGACGAAAAUGUAGUUGACAUAAACGAUUUGCCAGGGUUGCAACUUCGUGCACCUGCCGAAAUUAAUUUGAAUCGGCGCGUUGACGACAGUGACUUUUCGUCCGAUGAUGAUCUGCCGAUAGCUCAAUUGAUCCCUGAAAAGCCUGCAGACAAAAACUUAAGUGCGAAGAAACAAAAAAGGUAUAACUGGACGAAAGAAGACUUACCACCACCAAUUAUUUCUGACAUGGCUGCUGAUCCAAUUGAUCUAAGAGUGAAUGAAAAUAUGAAAAGUCCGUUGGAUUUUUUUGAGUGCUUUUUUGACGAAGAGCUUAUAGAUAUAAUAGUCGAAGAAACUAAUAGAUACGCUGCUCAAAAAAAUCGAUCACAAAGAGUGAAUAAGACAGAAAUAAAAGCAUUUUUAGGGGUGUUGAUCCUGAGUGGAUAUGUUUGCGUCCCGAGGAGAAGAAUGUUUUGGGAAAGAGAAAACGACAGCCAUAACGUACUUGUUGCAGAAUGUAUAACACGCGAUAAAUUUGAAUUUAUAUUGUCAAAUAUUCAUGUCAAAAACAAUGAAGAUCUAGAUAUCGCGGACCGAUUUUCGAAAGUAAGACCUUUAUUUGACCACCUCAAUAGAAAGUUUAUGGAAAAUAAUCAGAUGGAGGAAAUGCACUGCGUUGAUGAGGCUAUGGUUCCCUAUUUCGGAAGGCAUGGAUGCAAGCAGUUUCUACGAGGAAAGCCAAUAAGAUAUGGGUAUAAGCUUUGGGUAGGAUCAACCAGGCUAGGGUUCGUAAAUUGGUUUGAGCCUUAUCAAGGAGCAUCAACAAACAUAAGUGUGACAUACAGCAACUAUGGCGUAGGUGCUGCCGUUGUUCUAGAAUACGCUGAGACGCUGCGCAAGAAAUGGCGUGAUGAAAAAAUGCACAUAUUCUUCGACAAUUUUUUUACUACUAUUCCACUUAUGGAGAAACUUACAGACAUGGGUUUUCAAGCAACAGGUACGAUAAGAGAAAAUCGUGUAUCCGGCAAUCCAUUACUCGACUCGAAAGUACUAAAAAAGCAAGACCGUGGGUCUUUUGACUUCGCUAAAAUAACUGACCAUAAUAUCAUUGUCGUCAAAUGGAACGACAACAACUUAGUAUGCUUAUGUUCAAAUAAUUCUGGAGUCAACCCGAUAUGUAAUGUAAGAAGAUUUUCGCGAAAAGAGGGAAAACAUAUUCAGAUUCAGCAGCCUCAUUUAGUUCGCUUAUACAACGCAAAUAUGGGGGGUGUAGAUCGAUCAGACCAGAAUAUUGGCCUUUACAGAACAUCUAUCAGAGGAAAGAAAUGGUAUUUUCCACUUAUAACCCACUGCGUCGAUUUGGCAAUACAAAACGCAUGGCAUCUUCAUCGAAACAAUGGGGGUGUCCUUGAUCUGUUGAAGUUUAAAAGACGAAUUGCAACGGUUUUGUUGACGCAAAAUAGAAAACCACCAUCAACAUCUAGGGGACGACCAUCGGCAUUGGUAAAUAUUGAUAUCAGGUACGAUCGCCUUGACCAUUUGAUCAUAAUACAACCUAAGCAAACAAGAUGUGGGGAAUGUCAUGAUCGAACAACCACUAGAUGCCGAAAGUGUGACGUUGGACUUCAUGCAAAAUGUUUUGUCGCAUAUCACACAAAGUGAACUUA